UGCGAAGAGUUGAGUGUGAUGCCAACAUUCCACCAAAUUCGCAGCCACUGCAUGUGGUAUUUCUUCAACCCCAAAGAUUCUGAUUUCAUCUUGCGAACUCCUCUCGUAGAUCGAUUCUUGCCGAGGUUCCUCCUCCGCCUGCAAGCUUUCAGAGCGAACGAUGAGCCCCGGUAGGCAGGGCGGCGGCGGUGGUUGGCUUAAGCAUUUUGCUGGCCACGCCAGGGUGAGAUCAAGGAAUGGACUGGCUUACCCCCUUCUUGGAAUCGCCUUCUUUGCGGCCUUCAUCUACUUCUCCUUUGGGGACUUCAGGCCCUCUACGGGAAGCGCGGAAUUGAGCUUCGUGGAGAGGAAUGGCACCCAGUUCGUGCUCGAUGGGAGGGCGUUCUACGUCAACGGGUGGAACUCGUACUGGAUGCUGGACCAAGCGGCGGAGGAGUUCAGCAAGCCGAGGGUUACGGAGAUGUUCCAGAUCGGCGCGAAGAUGGGCAUGACGGUCUGCAGGACCUGGGCGUUCAAUGAUGGAACCUACCACGCACUUCAGGUUUCCCUCGGCAUAUUCGAUGAGCGCGUCUUCAAGGCAUUGGAUUGGGUAAUUGCGGAAGCAAGAAGACACGGCAUCAGGCUGCUUCUUAGCUUGGUAAACAAUUUGCAGCAUUACGGUGGGAAGACACAAUAUGUCAAAUGGGCAUGGGACGACGGGAUCGGGCUGAGUUCUUCAAAUGAUUCUUUCUUCUUUGAUCCUUCAAUUCGGAAGUACUUCAAGAUUUACUUAAAGACCAUAUUGACGAGGAAGAACCAUUUAACAGGAAUAGAGUACAGGGACGAUCCCACAAUCUUUGCUUGGGAAUUGAUGAAUGAACCACAAUGCGCAUCUGAUUCUUCUGGUGACACUCUCCAAGAGUGGAUUGAAGACAUGUCUGAGUUUGUGAAAACAAUUGAUCAUAAGCACCUCUUGACCAUUGGACUUGAGGGGUUCUAUGGACCAGUAAGUUCACAAGAGAAGCAAAGUAUCAAUCCAGGGCAGUGGUACGGCACUCUGGGAUCAGAUUUUCUUCUCAACUCCAAAGUCUCUCAUGUUGACUUCGCUUCUGUCCAUGUAUAUCCUGAUCAAUGGUUGUUGAAAGCAAAUUUUAGUGAGAAAACCAAUUAUAUUUCCAAAUGGGUGACAUCACACAUUGAAGAUGGUGAUCAGGAACUGCAUAAGCCAGUCAUGUUCACUGAAUUUGGCCUCUCCAAAAAAUCAAAGAAGUUUGAGCACCCUCAAAGGGUUAUCUUUUACAGAUCCAUCUUUGACAAAAUCUACGAGUCUGCUAGGAAAAAUGGAGCUGGAGCAGGGACUAUGAUAUGGCAGUUACUGGUUCCAGGAAUGGAAGAAUAUAGUGAUGACUAUGGGAUCAUACCAGGUCAGACACCUUCAGUUGAUAGUUUGUUAAAGGAGCAGUCAUGUAGGUUACUGUCAUUGAGACUGGGAAAGGACUCAUCUGACACAAGUUCAAGAAUAUGCUAAAACACAAUAGAUUUUUCCCCAUCUUCACUUAUUCCGAUCCAGAACAACUCUUUCUACUAGCAUUAUUUGGAUCCUUCAAACUAAAUAAAAGCGAAAGAGUUCUUCGAGUUCGACAUUUAAGCAAAUACAGAUAUCUUGUGCUGUUUUAUUAACUGAAUUUUUUUUUGACCCAUCACUGUUUAAAUUAAGGAUAAGGCUCUUGAUGUAUUGACUAUAUAUUGGUCUUGUUAAAUGAAAGCUCAAGAAAUAUUGUAGUAGCAAACUGGAAGCUGUGAGCUGAGUAUUUAUUUACUUUUCCUAUUUGGGUGCAUGUUUUGUUGGUGGAUUAGAGAGGGAGAUAAAUAAGACAACUAUUAGUUCGUA